GGUCGUGAACUUCAAGGGGUUCAAUUUGCUAUGGAUUUUCUCGAGAAAAAUCAAAAGAAGCAACUGGGUAAGGACUUUCAAAAUAUCGUUGUUAACGGUUGAUUCAAAUUCUACCUCCGGUUGCGUGUCUGUGUAACACAUUUAUCCUCUAUUUCCCCGCCAGGAUAUCUUGAUGAUGACGUCACUGAUGCACGUGAUAAGAACGUGAUCGUGAUUGGUGGAGGUGAUACAGGGGUGGACUGUGUGGCGACGUGUGUUAGACAGGUACAGCUUGAAAACUCACUCAUCUCAGUAUUAAAACUGGAUAGUGCAUGCAAAAGCACUAACGCACCCUGUCAACUUUCCCUGUGGGAGGGAAGCGGAGCACCCGGAGAAAACCCACGAGUUUCGGCAGAGCGUUGACUGACUCUUUUCACAUGAGUCCGUAGCGAGAAUCAAACCUACGAACUCAGAGGCGCUUGCUUUGAUGACUGAGCCAUACAAGCCCCACUUCAAGAUCACGUCAGCAUUACCUGCAAUACACCCUUUCGACAAUUACGUCAUUUGACCUGGUAGCCUCGCUCUCAUGAAUCGUGAGCCAAUCACCUUGCGUAAUUUACUAAUGAGGGCGAGGCUCCAAGACCAAAAAGUAUGUGUGACGUAAUUAUCGAAAGGGUGUUUUACAUAAAUGCUUUUCUCUCGCUGGGUUUCUGCUUAUUGUCUUACCAUGGUGAACAAGAAUUCCUUCGAUGUUCAGACCAUGUUACUGAUUUGUUUCCAAAUGUUUUUCAGAAUGCAAGAAAGAUUACGACAUUUGAAUUGCUUAAUGAACCACCUAAGAAUAGAACUGACGUAAACCCCUGGCCUCAGUGGCCACGUGUGUUCAGGAUUGAAUAUGGUCAUGAGGAGGUACAGUGUUAUAUCUGUCUUUAUUUUGACAUAAGAUUAUUAUGGACCUCUAGGAAGAACAGUUUAGAAAUGAUAGAGCUAUUCAGUAUAAAUAAAGUUAGUUUAGUUUGGAUUUCCUCCUGUAGUAACACUGGAUCAAUAAGAGAUGAUCCUUACUGGACCUCUAGGAAGAACAGUUUAGAACUGAUAGAGCUAUCCAGUAUAAAUAAAGUUAGUUUAGUUUAGGUUUCCUCCUAUAGUAACACUGAACCUAUAAGAGAUGAUCCUUACUGGACCUCUAGGAAGAACAGUUUAGAACUGAUAGAGCUAUCCAGUAUAAAUAAAGUUAGUAUAAAGUUAGUAUAAAUAAAGUUUGGUUUCCUCCUGCAGUAACACUGGAUCGAUGUGAGAUGACUCUUUCUGGUCCUCAGAAUGAAUGAUUCAAUGAACGAUUCAGAAUCAUUCAGAAUGAAUGAUUCAAUGAAUGAUUUUGAAUGAUUCAGCGAUUCAAGAUAUAUUAUGGUAAUUGAACUGUUGUUGUUUUUUAGGUUGCAAUUAAAUACGGUAAAGAUCCACGACAAUAUAACACACUGAGUAAGGUAUGUACGACUUAAAUACCACUUGGACCAUUUAGUUUUAUCGUAUUGGAUAAUGGAUAGCGUAAUAGAAUAUAAUUGAAUCGUUUGCAUACUGCUAAGCAGUUUCAUAACAUGAAAAUUUCCAAGUCAUAAUAUGGUUCAAAGUCUCUUGACCCAAAGGUUUAGCUUUUGUGUCCAUUCAUGUUAUAAUCAUUUUAAUUGACAAUUUUAUUUUAAUUAUAAUCAUUUUAAUUGACAAUUUUAUUUUAAUUUUAUUUAAGGAAUUUCUUGGUGAUGAUCAAGGGAACAUUACUGGAAUAAGAACAGUUAAAGUGGAUUGGGCGAAGGUAGGAAUUGUCAUCACAUUAUUACCAGGGCCGGCGCUGGGUCUUCUUCAGAGGGAGAGGACAGGUAUAGUUUUGGCGAGUCAUUAGCUUGGUCUGUAUUAGCCUAUGUAUACGCGCGUAUUUACUAAACUUUGGUUGACAUUGAAUGUACACGGACGGAUUACACAAAAGUCUCCACUUUCACGAUAAAAUUUGUCAGAUCUGUCAAAAACUAACUCGUCUGCAUUUAUAUAAGCUGUUGGGCUGUUUCCAAUUUUUAAACUACCCGCUUUACGACUCGAUAGAGCACUUUUUCAAGAUAUCUUUACACCUGAUUUUUUGAAGUACUAAGUUUUAUAUUUAAAUUUACGUUUGGUUUUACUUCAGGUAAUGGGGGAACAUUGAAAAGAAAAAAAUGUUUCCAUUCAAAAACCAAGGCUAUGUGCAAUCAGCCGAAAAGAUUUUUUACACAUACCUAAGUAUGCCCAACUUUUUUAUGUAGGAUGUGUCGGGCAGAUGGGCGAUGGUGGAGAUUCCUGAUUCUGAAUAUAUUUACAAAGCAGAUCUUGUUCUUAUUGCGCUCGGCUUUACUGGACCGAGCAAAACAUUGGCGAAAGAACUUGCUCUCAAAAUGGUAAGACAUUCUUCCAGAUGUUUAGGUCAUAAUCUGUUCACUUGUAUAACCGCUUGGCAAAAGUCUUUUUUUAUCACAUUGUAUAUUGUUGAGGAAAUGACUAUUGUUUGAUUUGUUGGCAGGUGGUUAGUAAGUUAGUUUGUUUGUGUGUGUGUGUGUGUGUGUGUGUGUUUGUUUGUUUGUUUGUUUGUUUGUUUGUUUGUUUGUUUGUUUGUUUGUUUGUUUGGUAGAUUAUAGAUUGCUUGUGAUCAGUUUUAUUUAUCAAGAGCAGUUUAGAAAAGUCAAGCAUCGCGUUGGACGGUUUAAACGGAGGUUAGAUGAAUUGAUUCUAGUAUGUUAUUAUGCAGGAAGCCAGUAUAUUAACACGUCAGUUGCGCAAUGAUUCAUAUUAAUAUAGGCUACAUUUCCACUAUACCAGAUAGCUUUACGUAGCGGCGCGAAAAAGUACCUAUCCGAUACGGAGUGUACAACUUUCAGAAGCUGAGCGAAACAACAUCUCUCCGUUGCAAUAAUUAUUCUGAAAAUAGCGUUCCUAAAAGGUACGGAUAGAUGUUUUUUCACGUCGCUACGGAAACCUAUCCUGUGCAGUAUAGCCACAGUGUCAAAGUUCUUGCAUCUCAUUGGACAAGAGCGUGUCACGUGAAAAUCAUACAUACAUAUACAUAAAUUAAUUAUGUGAAGAAUUUGAUGCGGCAAUUGGCUUGAAAUUCCAGCAAACUUCAGAAGUGUUUUUCAUUGAAACAAACAUGAUGUUGGAGACUCAAAAGUGUUUGGAAUGAGGUGGUUUCAAUGUUUUAUAAUUAUUUUCAUAUUAGGACAUGAGAUCAAAUUUCUCGACAGAAAGGAAAAGUUUCAACACCAACCUAGAGAACGUAUACGCUGCUGGAGGUAGGUCAUGUGAUUCUUCACACUAUCCAAUAACAGUACAGUAUUUGUACCAUGUGACGAGAUUCUAUCCAAUAAGAGUACAGUAUUUAUACCAUGUGACGAGACUCUAUCCAAUAAGAGUACAGUAUUUGUACCUUGUGACGAGAUUUUUUGCUCGGGAAAUUCGACAUUCAAAAUAUUCCUACCAGCGAUGAAAUAGCACUUCUGAUAAUAUUUCCCUGAAUAUCCCUCACUUUCAGACGCAUUUAAAUUUUGGUCCAGCAAGACCCGCACGCACACCGCAAAUUGCCUAAUGUCCUGCAUUCCCAUGACAUAUCUUAAUUCUGUAGUCAAUUACUACGUUCAUACGCAUAAUAUUCGAAUAUUAGACAAGUGUUUUAGCCCACUUAUGCAUGGAGUAAAUCCCUGUACUGGACCUACAGUAGCAAACAGUAGCAGGUUUAUCUCAGAGGUUAGGGGCAAUCUGUCAAAGAGUUUUGUAUAGCUCUGAAUUGCUGCUCACUACUUAUUCUCAUUUUCAGACUGUAGAUUUGGUCAAUCUCUUGUCGUAACAGCCAUAGCUGAGGGUAGACAAGCUGCCAGACAGAUUGAUCUGGAUCUCAUGGGAACCACCUCCCUUGCUGGACGUGGUGGAGUGAUUAUGAACAAUGUCAAUGAUUCUCAUGCCAAUACAAGGUCAGAGUAACUGUUCAUGUGGAUUUCACAAAGCACUCAGUCGUGCAGAGAUGCUGGUCAGCCUGCAGUUAUCAGAGGAGUAAUUAUAUAUGUAGCAGUCUUGUAUUCGAUAGCAAAUAAAGUGAAUGAACAGGCUAGGUUUGCAAGUAAAUUUAGCUUUAUCUUGAUUGCGGUUGUACAGUUGGCGUAGCCAGCUCGAUAAUUGAGGGGGACCAUAUUCAUAUAUUCGUAUUCACAGACCUUAAAAACAAUCAAUUUCAAAGAAAUUAAUAAUGCAGAACACGAAUAUAUGAAUAUGUCCCCUCAAUUAUCGAGGUUGUAACAUUGUAUCACCGCCAUAUGAGCGCAAGGCUAGAAAAUGGUCAAUAUUUAUUGGGGAUGUUAUAUACACUCAUUUCUCCUGAAUUAAUGCUUUUGGAUUGGAAUUUUGGACAAAAUAUUAUAGAUAUAAUGUUACUCACUUUCAUUGCAAUAUUUACGAAUACUUUUGUGUAUACAGCUAUUUCAAUUAAGGUUGUCCCCGAGCAAAGCGGAAAAGUCGAAUACGAGCGCGAAAGGCUGCUGGGAAUCGCUAACAAAUUAAUGAAUUUAUUAGCGAUUCCCAGCAGCCUUUCGCGCUCGUAUUCGACUUUUCCGCUUUGCUCGGGGGACAAUCUUAAAUGAAAUAGCUAUAUACUAAUUCAGGAUUUUGGCAUUUACGUGAACCGUGUAUAUAAAUUAUUUGGCAAAUUUUAAUCGUUAUGUAUAUGGUUAGAUUGUACUUUAGAUUAUAUCUGUUUUUCAGUUUUGUCGGUGUUUCGAUUAACCAGUUUCAAUUGGAUUUCAGUCUCAAUCAGUUCUAAACUGUUC